GAAAAAAGUUUGCGUAUAGUUUUCAGUUUAAGCUCAGCAGUAGACCAAGUAUGAGGGCGGAUCGAGUGCUUUCAUGUUUGAUUGCAGUUGGAUUAAUUUUGUCCUUCAACAAAGUGUCAACAAAGAAAGUACUGGGAGAUCCUUGUAAUAUCAACGCACAGAGUGGUAUCUGCAAGCUUCGAGCUGAUUGUCCUGAAAUCGAGGAUAUUAUAAAUAAUGGCGAAAGACCGCAAAUAUGUGCCUAUGGACAGAAUCGGCAGAAAAUUUUCUGCUGCCCCACACUCGAACCCGAUAGAACCAAUAAAAAGCUUCGAAAAAGUGAAAUGUAUUGUAAUCGAUGGCGUGAAUUGGCGUCUAGAAAAGAAUUCUUCAGAGCUCUUUCGAUGAACGAAAAGGACACUCGCACCAUAGCCGUUCAAGAUUGCGUCACCAUAUAUAUCCCAUUGAUCAAAGGAGGACGUCCGAGUAUACCGAACGAGUUCCCACAUAUGGCAGCCCUUGGAUUUUACGACGAACUAGGAAAAUUCGUGUCAAAAUGCGGUGGAACGCUUAUCAGCGAUCGAUUCGUCCUAACUGCUGCCCAUUGCAUAUUUUUAGGCAAAAACGAUCAUUUAACAACCGUAAAACUUGGUCAAAACGACCUUAGGAAUGCCAAUCAAGUGAAUAGUUUACAACAGGAUUACGGUAUUCGGAACACUAUACAUUAUCCUGAGUACAAAAACAAAUAUCAUGACGUGGCAUUGAUCGAACUGGACCGCACAGUUCAGUUUUCGAAUAAAACUCGACCAGCUUGCUUGUGGUCAUCUCCAGACUUCAGUUUCACGAAAGCCGUUGCCCUUGGAUACGGAGCAACUGAGCCUGAUGGCGAUAAUACGAAAGUACUGAAACUUGUAGCUAUGGAAAUCCUAAAAUACGAUGAAUGCUCUGGUUACUUUUUGAACUAUUCCAAACUGAAAAAUUCCACGAUAGAGAGUCAGCUUUGCACCUUGACAGGUUCACAAGGAGAUCGUGAUACAUGUCAAGGGGAUUCUGGAGGUCCGCUACAAGUAGUUUUGCACGACCACGAUUGCCUGUACUACGUUAUCGGAGUGACUUCCACAGGACCAGCGUGCGGGCAUCCCGAUUCGGCAGCUAUCUACUCUAGGGUGUGGUCCUUCCUGGACUGGAUCGAGGCCAAUGUGUGGCCGUGAAGUAGCAAACAUUCGACUGGACACAAUUCAUGAAGUAUUUGUUUUUAUAACAGGACUUGCCCGCGACGAAAUUUGGAUUCAUAAAUAAUAGAAUGAAACACACCUGCAAUAAAU